ACACACUAGCCACAUUGGAUACGUGCCCGUUGUCCUCUUCUCCCGCGCACCUCUUCCUCAACCAAAAUCAAUCAGAUGCAACAACAGUGUCUCAAUUCAUCACGUCGUGUUGAUCGAUCCACUUCGGUCUGAUCAUACCAUAAUCAAUCAAGGUUUUGAUCGAUCGUUGAUCAAUACCAUGGCGAUCAAGGGCAACUCGGGGGAGUACAGGGCUCGGAGCCCGCUGGCCAUGGUGGUCGCCGUCCUGCUGUGCUGCUUCUUCUACGUGCUCGGCGCCUGGCAGCGCAGCGGCUACGGCAAGGGCGACCGCAUCGCGGUGGCGGUGACCCGACAGACGGCCUGCGCCGACGCCUCCGCGGCCGGGCUCAGCUUCGAGACGCACCACGCCGGCGCGAACCUGUCGACGUCCGGCCUUGGUGAGCCACCGCCAACGUUCGCGCCGUGCGCGGCGGCGCUGGCUGACCACACCCCGUGCCACGACCAGGACCGGGCCAUGAAGUUCCCGCGGAAGAACAUGGUGUACCGGGAGCGGCACUGCCCGUCGGACGGCGAGCUGCUGCGGUGCCUCGUCCCGGCGCCGCCGGGGUACGUCACACCGUUCCCGUGGCCCAAGAGCCGAGACUACGUGCCCUACGCCAACGCGCCGUACAAGAGCCUCACCGUCGAGAAGGCCGUCCAGAACUGGGUCCAGUACGAGGGCGCCGUUUUCCGCUUCCCCGGGGGCGGCACCCAGUUCCCGCACGGCGCCGACAAGUACAUCGACCAGCUCGCAAACGUCGUCCCUUUCGCCGACGGCACCGUCCGCACCGUGCUCGACACCGGCUGCGGCGUGGCGAGCCUGGGCGCGUAUCUGGAUUCCCGUGGCGUGAUCGCCAUGUCCUUCGCGCCGCGGGACUCGCACGAGGCGCAGGUGCAGUUCGCGCUAGAGCGUGGCGUGCCGGCCUUCAUCGGCGUCCUCGGUUCCGUCAAGCUCCCCUUCCCUUCGAGCUCAUUCGACAUGGCGCACUGUUCCCGCUGCCUCAUCCGCUGGUCCGACAACGGCGGGAUGUACAUGAUGGAGGUGGACCGUGUUCUCCGGCCAGGCGGGUACUGGGUGCUCUCCGGCCCGCCGAUCAACUGGAAGGCCAACUACCGGAAGUGGGAGCGCACCAAGGAGGAUCUCUCCGGCGAGCAGAAGAGGAUCGAAGAGUACGCAGAGAUGCUCUGCUGGGAGAAGCUCACCGAGAUGAACGAGGUCGGCGUGUGGCGGAAGCGGACGGACACGGCCGCGUGCCCAGCCAGGCCGGCGGCGGUCCGGACCUGCGACCCGGCCAAUCCCGACGACGUCUGGUACAAGAACAUGGAGACGUGCAUCACACCGUCCACCGCCGCCGCCGGAGGACAGCUGCAGCCAUUCCCGGCGCGGCUGAAGGCCGUUCCACCACGGAUAAGUUCAGGCGCCAUUCCUGGGUUUACCGUCGAGUCGUACGAGGAGGAGAACCGGCAGUGGGAGAAGCAUGUCAAGGCUUACAGGAAGGUCAACUACAAGCUUGACACGGAGCGGUACCGGAACAUCCUGGACAUGAAUGCCGGCGUGGGUGGCUUCGCCGCGGCCCUCUUCUCCCCAAAGUCUUGGGUCAUGAACGUCGUGCCCACCGCCGCCGAGCUCUCUACCCUCGGUGUCAUCUACGAGAGGGGCCUCAUCGGCAUCUACCAUGACUGGUGUGAGGCCUUCUCAACUUACCCAAGGACCUACGACCUCAUCCAUGCCAAUGGAGUAUUCAGCCUCUACAGGGACAGGUGCAAGAUGGAGGACAUCAUGCUAGAGAUGGACCGGAUUCUGCGCCCCGAGGGCACGGUGAUCCUCCGGGACGACAUCGACGUCCUGCUGCAGGUGCAGAAGCUGGCCACCGGAAUGCGUUGGAAGACGAUGAUGGCAAACCACGAGGACAGCCCACACAUCCCAGAGAAGGUGCUCUACGCCGUCAAGCGUUACUGGACAGCCGACGGCGACAACAGUUCUGAAGAGAACGGAAGUUCAUCAGAGGGCAAAGGCUCAGAUGUAUGAAAUGAUGAGUGAGCUGAGCUGCACUGCAGCUCAGGAAGCAACCUGAUUUGGGAUAUGCAUGCGAUUAUGUUGAAUUCAUGCUGAGUUUUUCUAGAGUGUAGAAGGGAGAUCAGCAGGUCUAUUCCAUUUA